AUGAAGUAUUAUAUAAUUUCUGGUCCAUGUUAGCAUUCAUCGAUCCUUGCAAUGAAGCAUUUCAACGUUAUUGGAUCAGUCAUUUCGUCCUUUAGAUGAUCAGAGAAUUAUAGGAUUAGUUUUCAGUCUUGUUUGGGUUAAUGGCCUGCAUCAAGUACUUGCCGAACAAAGCCCUUAAGAGCAAUCCAAUAGUUUGCCAAUCAAUUGAAAAGGAGUCAGCCAGGAAAAUGUUCUUGUGGGACUAAAGUUGGCAUUAAGGAUCACAUGGACACAUGACUAUAUAUCAGUGGGGCCUCCCUGAACUUUCUUUCCUUUGCUCAGCCCCAUUAUGGCUAUGUCAAAUUGGGUCCUGUACAUCAGCAGUUUAACUUGAAGUCUUUUUAUGUUAUUGACUCUCUCAGUGCCUCCUAAUUUGGGUUUGUUGGCAAUUGAUUAUAUUAGACCGAUCAUAUUAGGCUCUACUGAUGUUUCCCUCGCCGAUUUUGUGUUUUUGUGGACACUGAUUUAGGGUUUUGGCCAAUCAACCCCUAAGCCAAAUUGAGGCUCAUUAAUAGGCUUUCUAACAUAUGAAAUUUUGUCUCCCUACUGUGUUCUUUCUUUUCAGGAAUGUUGACACAUGGUGACCACCAAAACCCUCACUCAUUGAUAAUUUUUCCUGUUUAGCUCUCAUAUUAUUUGCAGAUUUACCUACAGUUUCUUGUGGGGUUGAUCAUAUUUGACCCUUUUUGGUUUAUAUAUAUAGUCACGUAUAUUCUUUUCUCUUUGUGACUGUUUAUCUUCAUUCUCAGGUGAAGUUGAAGGGGAAGUUGUCGACAGCAAAAUCUUGCCAUACUGUAGCCUAGACAAGAAAGCUGAUAAAAAGACGUUGGGAGAGCUUGAGCAGGAGUUUCUUCAAGCAUUACAAGUAAAAAGAAACUGCAUGUCUUUUACCCUUGAAGCAUUACACUUAUAACUUCGGUUCUUCUGUGCAUCUAUUUUUAUAAAGUGAAAGAGUAAUUUUUUCGGUCCAAACUGGUGAACUUUUUUCAGGCAUUUUAUUUUGAAAAGAAAGCAAUCAUGUCAAAUGAAGAAUUUGACAACCUCAAGGAAGAGCUAAUGUGGGAAGGCAGCAGCGUUGUUAUGUUAAGUAUGAAUCUUCCUAGUUAUCAUUUUUUCUUCUACCUGUUUCUCCUAAAUUUCCCUCUGGAAUGAUGUUUCAGUUAAAACAUUUUCCCGAAGACAUCUUUUAUAGUUGUUUUCUAAUGUUUUCAAUUUGAUCUUGCUACUAGGUCCCGAUGAGCAGAAGCUUUUGGAAGCUUCGAUGGCUUAUGCCUCUGGAAAUCCAAUAAUGACAGAUGUGGAGUUUGACGAGCUGAAGUUAAAGCUGAAGGUUUAUUUUUUAGCUUAAUCCAUGCAAAUAUUUAUAUUUUUUGUAGUAGGACUAAGAUGUAAACGAAUGACAAGACGAAUAGGUGAUGCUAUGCUUUGAUCAUAAAUUUCUUGGUUUAUUUUUUAAUAAAUAAUCUAUUUAAUUUGGAUUCAGCUUUGGUAAGACAAAGAAAACAAUAAGUCCAAAGGGAGAUUUACAAGAGUGUGGAAAUGAAGUGUAUUUUCACUCCUAUUCAUAGAACAUAAUCUGCUUGUUCUCCGUUAAGCCUUUUAUAUGAAACUAGUUCAAAAAGAUUAUUCAUCAUUGUUAGAAUUCCAAUGAGACCAACGGUAAUAGACCAGUUCAGAGAGAUUAUUCAUAGUUGCUGGAUCUCAGAUAGACCAACGUUAAUAGAGUUAGAAAGAAUAUACAGAUUCAUUCUCUGAUGUUUUUCCGUGGUCAGCAAAUAAAUAUUAACGCUUAUAGUUAUUAUAAUUCCAGUUUAUCAUGGACAAAUACGGAAUCAUUUUUUAUUUUUCAUUAUAUUCCUCAGUCCAGUCAAAAGGUGUUCUUCCUCUUCCCAUUUCAAGAUAGGACAAGGCCAGUCUUUUCUAUUCUGUUUGAGGACUAGGUUUUCUUACUGUUUUAUGUACAGGAUGGGAUGAAGUACAAGAUUAAGGUCUGUUGUCUGGAUAUUUAUUGAAAAGACACCCAAAUCUGUGUAAAUCGUUCAAUGGCAAGUAAGAUGAUUGUGUCACUUAUAAUUCUGAUCUUAAAUCUUACGUUCUGAAUUCACUGAUUUAUUUUCAAAAAGGCCAUCAUUUAACACUUUAAGUCAUGAGCUGCACCAGGAUCUAUCUAUGUGCAGCAGGUUUACCGGAAAAGUGUGUCAAUUGGUCACAUUUGAUGCAACUCAUGAUUUAUCUGUGCGCAGCAGAUAACUAGUUACGGUAAAAGUCAUAUUGUGUAGCAUUGUUAUGUGGUUGUGCUUUAAACCUGGUAGAACAGAUGAAAAUAUGACCACAUAUGCACAAGAUGGCCCAUCCUAUAUAGUAAUGAGGAAUUCAUUUCGAAAAUAGCGGCCACUGUGGCUCUUAUUGCCCUAUGCCUGUAAUGGUUCCUAGUCACUAAAAUGAUCCUGGGGGAUUUUUUUCCUCCUUGAUAAGAUUUUUCAGUAUCUGAUGUCCAAUUUUGAUCAUCCGAUGCUAGCAUUAAUGGUACUGAUAUGGCCUUUUGAUUCUUAGGGACUUAGUGGUCUCUGGCUGAAACAGUAGGUAUGUUGGUAAAUCUAUAGUGAGAGGUUCACUGUCAUGGAACAAGGCAGAACAGGCAUUAAUUUCUCCCAAAAAUCAAGAGCAAUGAUGGGAAAGAUUAUUUAAUCGCUAAACGUUGAAAAACAUGAUGUCAUUCGGUGUUUUCAGUUUAAUAAGGAAUCGGACUAUUUGUCCGCCUUGGUAUCAGGACUUUACAGUUUGGUACAUCCCAUAGGACGUUGACCAAAUAUGAUGGUUCUGAAAUACUUGUUGAUAAUAUUCAAAAGGGGUUCAAUUUCGAGUUUUAAUUGUUGCCAAACCCAUCUAUACUAUGUUACAUGACUUUGACUUUUGCAGAGCUUUUCAUUGCAAUUCUUUACUUUGACGUGUUUCUUUGGUUCUUCUUUGUUCAAAUAGUGUUUCAUUCCGGAUCUUUCCCUUGAAUUAAAUUCUCAAACUUACAUGUCUGGUCUAGAACGAUUACAACGCCACGAGGAACAUUGUCAUAAUAUCAGAUUUUCCUUGAGGAGUUUGUAAUCACAUGUACAAAAUGUCUACAAAACCUUCUAGCUGUCUGAAACUGUAUUUUGCUUUCUACCAGUGGCAAAGGGUUUGGAGACUUUUUUGAUCUACUACCUGGGCCACUUUACAGUAGCAUACUUCAUACUCUUGUAUUACCUACGAGGACAAGCAUUCGUAGCUUGUGUUUGAACAUUAAUUAAUAUGCGUUCUACUGGACUGUUGUACAUACAUUCACCAUAUGGACAUUCAUUACAUGUUAUUCUGUAAAUAACCGUGUUUGGUGGUUUUGCUCUGCCGUUAACCAUGUUCUACAUCUUUUAACGUUAUUGGAUCAGAAAGGAAGCUCAUUGCAUGGAACAUUCUUAUUUACCAGACAGCUUCUUCAUUCUUGGCCACUUUUGAAGCUUCAGAGCUGACUUUUAUUUUUAAUUUUUACAAGGGCAUCUGAUCUCGUUUAUUGAUUCGUAGUCAGUGACGUGUUAGCUAUAGUUCUAAUAACUCUCCUAGAGAAGCCAAUAGAUUUUGUUCUUUCCUGACCUGUAACAAUUUUGGAUUUUGAGUAUGUUCCAUGGUGACAUCUUCACAUCUUUGUUGCUUAGCAAGAAGGGAGUGAUAUUGUACAAGAAGGCCCGAGAUGCAGUCUUCGUAGCAGAAAGGUAUGCCCAUUUGUCUUUGGAAACAUUUAAUCUACAGGGAUAAAGCAUUACAUUUCAUAUUUGUUAAUUAAAAGUACACGGCGGUGUAUCUGCUUAUCCCAAUAUCUUGAUUCAUCUUUGCCUGAUGACUGUAAUUGAGCUACUGGUUCGCCAAUCAAACUUUUGCUAUCGAAAGGACCCACAUUCAUUUUCAUAUAACAGUGUAAGACAACAAUGUUGAAAAUCUCUGAACGCUCUCCCACCCAUGUUUUCAAGUCACUCUUUGAUCUCCACAAUGGCUGUCUUAUUCGCAUCACAUAUUCGUUGUAAAUUCUAAUAAAGGUGAACAAAUUAACUUAGAGGGACGCAUCAACGAAAAGGACAUCAUAGAAUGAUGCUUUUAGGAUUUUGAACUAUAUUCAAUUUGUCUUGCUUUCAGAUUGGAUACCUGCUAAACAAGUAUUGUUAUGAAUGUAAUUUUUGGGUUCAAUUGGUAUAAUAUUUGGUCAUACAGGUUUACAGUGACUUAACUGUGGACUACCUCAGAAUGUUCCUUCUAAAUGUGCCAGCAGCUGUUGUUUCUCUUACCCUGUAAGUGCUGUCACAAUAAUCAUAUCAUUGUGGACGCCAUGUACGGAAUAUCUCAAUCGUGUGUUAUAGAUAGUUUGGAGUAAACCAAUGGAUUUAUUUGCAAUUUUGUCUAGCUUUAAGCAUUACUGUGGUCUGUGGUACAUACCUAAACCUUUGCAGUGCAGAUACAUAGAAGUAAAACCCUGCAUUUAUUUUCCAUUUUUUCUGGAUUUAAAUUUUUUGGUUUUGGGUACAACUAACAGCAUUUCCUGUGAACACCUUUGCCUGAACUAUUGGAAAGAAAACACUGUAUCCUAUGUUUGGAAUGGACAUAUGAAUGUGAAACAAGGAUAAACUUUUUAUUAAAUGGAUAUCAUAAUGUUAAUGGAUGCUUUGGUUUACAGAUUAGGGUUUGUUUACAGGGUUUUGGGAUAUUAUAUGAACGAGGUGAAUUGUAAAUAUGUCUUAUAGUUCUGGCAUGUGUUUAUGUUUCAUGAUUUAUCUCCGGCUGUAGCUGUCAAUAUGUGACUUAUGAUCUGCCGUUGAUUUCAUGCAAUGAGUUUUAUCUUGGAAUGUGUAUGUUCUAGUUACAAGUCUGAAUUCUGCUCGCAUUAGUCUUUUGGAUCUUCCAUCAUCUUUUUUUGACUUUAUCUAUAGUUUUUUGUUUUGCUAUGUACAUGAAAUUUUACAUUCAAGUCUAAAUCUGGUGAUUCAUAUGCAACAAAUAUAUUUUCCUGAUCUAAAUGUCUAAGUUUGCACAGGACAGAUAUGUAUCGCAGGCAGGGAAAGAAUUCUUAUUGUACCUUGAAGAGUUUUUCUUUGUACUUGUUGCCGUUGUUCUGUUUCUCGAGUUGUUCAGUUACAGUUGGGUAGAGUAGUUCAUCAGAAGAUAUUUUUAAAGCUUUAAAAUAGAUAGCGGUUAUCAUACCAUAUAGUCUUUAUCACUGUAUUUUAGUGAUUCCGUGCUAUAUAGAUCCAAAUGAUUUAUGGACAGUUUUAAUUGCGCAGCCUUUAUCAGCUUGCUUGAAUGUGAGAUAUAAUGGUUGACGAAUAAUCAGGAACUCUGAAGAAUUUUAGUUCUCAUUGAUUUGGCUGUCUUUCGAGGUUCUUUUAAAUGAUUUCUCUGUAGUGAUUUCUUUUGAUCUUAGAGUAAUCUGACAGUGGGUUUGACCUGGCUCUGGUUUCUAGAAAAUCAGUUCUCAGUGAAAAUGGUUGGUAACUAUGAACAUGCAAUGAAACUGGGAACAACGUCUUGGAAAUUGAUGGCUAUUGUAUACAGAUUUCAGCAACUCACGUAUUUGGUGACGAUGGUCAAAUCAUAAUCUAAUGCCCUCGUUUGUCAUUUCAGGUUUUUCUUUUUGGAUGAUAUCACGGGAUUUGAAUUAACGUUCCUAAUGGAGGUGAUAUUUUUAUUCUUCCUGUUCAUAUUUUGACAUUUAAAGAAUGAAUUCUCACGCAUUGGUUGUGUAUUCUGCUCAUUUUCCUGAUCGUUCGUGGGUUUACGUCAUUCCAGUCUUUGUUGUUUGCCCGAGUUAGUAACUCUCUCAGUUCUUUUCCUCGCUCAGCUGCCAGAGCCAUUUAGCUUCAUCUUCACGUGGUUCGCCGCCUUGCCCCUCAUAUUUUGGCUGGCGAAAGCGAUAACCGAUGUCAUCGUCAAGGACUUUCUGAUUUUAAAGGUAACUAGGAGUUCUCCUCGAUCCCAGACAUUGCCAUUUUUAUGCAGAUAAUAUAUAUAUAUAUAUAUAUCUAUCUAAGAUGGUUGACUUAGUUCCGAUGAAUAUUUCUCGAUCCCAGGGCCCCUGUCCGAACUGUGGGACUGAGAACACUUCCUUCUUUGGCACCAUCCUGUCCAUAUCCAGUGGCGGCACGACAAACACGCUGAAAUGCUCAAAGUAAGACGUCUUAGUGUGGGUUUUCUUUGGCAUCUCGGCGGAUUAGAUUACCACACAUUGCGGUCUACUUACCUGUGUGGAUGGAUGGGUGUUCCUCUUCCUCUUCCCCUCCCCCCAGCUGCGGCACUCCCCUGGAGUACGACAGGAAGUCUCGCUUGAUCACGCUGCCGGAGCCAGGCCAGGCUUAG